GAGCUUCGGUAUUGUUUCAUUUUUAAUUCAUGGAAACUAUUAUCGCCCACGUUCGUGAAGGGAAUCUUCAUGAAGUAAAAUUAUGGUUAGAUGAUAUAGAAAACGAUGUAAAUCAGGGCGACGAACAUCGGUUCAGCCUGUUACAUUGGGCUGCACGUGAAGGACAAAGAAAUAUAGUUGAUUUAUUGGUUAUUCGUGGAGCUCGUAUUAACGCUACAAAUAUGGGUGAUGAUACAGCUUUACAUUUAGCCGCAGCUCAUGGACAUUUUGAUGUUGUACACUAUUUGUUAAAUUCUCACCGACUGAAUGUGGAUGCUGCAAAUGAACAUGGUAAUACAGCUUUACACUAUGCUUGUUUUUGGAACCAUUUAGAAAUUGCUGAAUAUUUGAUUAAAAAUGGAGCAUGUCUUAUGCAAGAAAAUAAAUAUGGUGAAACUCCAUUAGAGCUAAUUCGUCCACGUGCUGCGGCAUUAAUUGCUCCAUUAGCACAAGCUUUAGGACAUGAUUUAUCUCAUCGUCGACCUUUUCGUGAUACAAGCUGGAUUGGUACAAAAACACGAGCACGAGAUGCUACUUUAUAUCGUCUUGAAGGUGAAUCAUGGGAUCCUCGAGAAGUUGAAUUAACAGGUGCCUUAGCUGAUGGUCAUGGUGCUGAGGUACUGAAAGGUUCAUUUAGACGGUGUCCUGUAGUUGUAAAAAUGUUAAAACUACGAAAUUGUUCAACAAGACAGGCACGUGAUUUCAAGGAUGAAUUCCCGAAACUUCGCAUCUUUAAUCAUCCCAAUAUACUCCCCGUACUGGCUAUUUUUACUGCCACACCACGUUUAUGCCUUGUCAGUGACUUUAUGCAAUAUGGAAGUCUUUUUGAUGUUUUGCACCAACCAGCUGAAGCCAAUAUACACGGUACAACUGAGAUAAGUCAUCGACAAGCUUUACGAUUUGCUGUUGACAUAGCCAAAGGUAUGGAGUUUCUACAUUCACCAGAAUUAAAAGUUCCCAAUUUUCGUUUGAACUCCAAACAUGUAAUGUUCCUUUACAGUUUCAAUCAAAAAUCCAUGAAUUCAUUGGGUCAGCAGUCUCAAACUGAGGGCAAGUCUUCGGUAUUUGUUUGUAAUAAAAUGCAAAUUGAUAGAUAAUUGGAGAAGUUGAGUACUGUAGCUUAUCUGGUUAACAUCAUGUUGUCCGAAAUGCUUUUUCUCAUCCUAUUUUUCAGUCAUUAUCCUUAUGCAUUUGUCCGCAGUUAAAAUUGUGCCUAAAAUUGUCCACAUUGUAUUGAUAUAAACGAAGACAUGUCAUCACAAUUGAUAGACAAUUAAGCGAAGACAGAAAUCAUUUUGUUGGAUAUGGCACAUUACAAUUCCUGUAAAUUGUUUUAUGUAUUAUAUUUUGAAAGCUUAUAUCAGUGCAUAUGGACAAUUAAGUAUACAAUGUUGACUGUGAAAACUAUGAGCCUGAACAGACUCAACAAAAAAAGAUGAUAGAAUUUUUAAGAGCACGCUAAUCGUGUCAGGUAAGAAAAACGAUCUAAAUAUAUCUAUGCACUCGUUAUGUCCCAAUUACUCUGUAAAACUGAUCUCAUUCCAUUUCGCUGUUAGUUAUUAAUGGAAAAAUUCCAAUAACUUCUAAUUAAGGUUUAUGUCGAUGAUAUCCAAAACCUAAGCUAAUGAACAUGUCACAAUUAUAGUAUUCAGUUUAGGAAAAUGAAAUCUAGUAUUGAAGUCAUUUCAUUCUAUUCGUUUAUACACUUCUAUGAAUCUAUCUACUUCAUGAAAAGUCAUAGUCAGUGGCGGUUUUUCCCCCCUAAUCUACUUAGAUUGUUCAUGUAAGUUCUUUUUAUAUCACCAACCCCUAUUGACUACUACCACUUUAGUGAACGAAAACACUAGUGGGGACAACCAAAUAUAUCUGACUAUAAAAUUACAGAAUCUUUUACUAAAAUCUGAGAACCAUACAUUAAUUACUUCAUUUGCAAAAUGUCAAUGAAUUGUCUCACACUUGAUUGUUCCUUCAUUUCCACACCAAUCACUCUGUCCUCGUCCAAUUCUCUUCGAUUUCCUCAACUUUCUGCUGCCAGAUAUUCCACUUUCAAUUAUUGAUACAUACUACUUAUAUCUGUCGACAGCUGUAGCACACAUCAUACUACUACUGUUCUAAAUUAUUUGCUUACCUUUCUUCUUCUUCUUCUUCUUUAAGAAAAUCCAUAAAAUUAAUAAUCUAUCAGCCAUAAUGUAAGGUACACACUAGUGGUAACAUAAUCUAUUAUUAUCUUUUUAUUCACACACUUCUCUUAGAAAAUAUAUGAUAAUGUGAAUAGAACAGUAUUAUUCAUUAAUUGUAAGAAUAAAUCAAUGCUAAUUUCCGUAUACACAUAUUAAUCUGUUUAUCUUUAUAUAAGACGUAUAUUGUUGUACUCAUUAUUAACCUCUAAUUGUUUUAA